GCAGCCCAGGGAGGUCCAUGGGGAUGCAGGAUGUGCCCUGCAGCCCAGGGAGGUCCAUGGGGAUUCAGAGAUCCAUGCACAGCCUGGGAGCAGGUGGGUGCCUGAGAGAGGCUGUGACCCCAUGGGAGGCCCAUGCUGGAGCAGGGCUCUGGUAGAACUUGUGACCCUCAGGGGAGCCAGCACUGGAGCAGCUGUGCCUGAAGGACUGCACCCCAUGGGAGAGGGACCUGUGUUGGAGCAGUUCAUGGAGAGCUGUUGUUCGUGGGACGGACUCACGGAGGUGUUUGUGGAGAACUGUCUCCAUGGAGAGGGACCCCACACUGCAGCAGGGGAAGGACUCUCCUUGAGUGUGGCAGGAACAGUGAGUGAUGGACUGACCCUAACCCCCACUCUCCAUCUCCCUGUGCCUCUUGGGGGAAAGAGGUAGAGUUUGGAAAGAAAGGAGGGGUCAGGGCAAGGUGGUUUUAAAAUCUAUUUUACUUCUUAUUAUCCUGCUCUGAUUUUGUUAGUAAUAAAUUCAGUUAAUUAUCCCCAAGCUGAGUCUGCUUUGCCUGUGAUGGCAUUUGGUGAGGGAUCUCUCCCUGUCCUUAGCCCAUGAACCCUUUGUUAUAUUUUCUCCCCAUCCAGUUGUGGAGGGGAGUGGUAGAGUGGCCUGGGGGAGUGCCUGGCAUCCAGCCAGGGCCAGCCCACCACAGAGGGACAGGAUACAGGGCUAAACAGGGCUGUAGCUGCAGGCUGCCUGCUUCUGCACAGAGAAAUGGCCAAGAGCUGGAUUUCCCCUGCUUCAGGAUUCCUAGAAAGGGCUGGAGUAAGCCCAAGGUUGACCAUGAUCAAGUGUCUUCUGUCCUCCAUCAGCACCAGGAUUUCUCUGGAGCCUGUAAGAGCACCAGGGGUUCUAAAGUCCACGUUUAGCCCCUUCCUUAAAAAAUUCCUGGAGCUGGAUCCCCUGACUGGGCCUGAGCAGGCACUGUGUCUGCACUGAUUGCAGGUAUUGGUUUGCUGCAGAGAGCUUUUCCUCUAUUCUAGGCCAUUCAAACUCUAGCUCAUUCUUCUUUUGAAUUUCUGUCUGUUCUAUUCUAGUUCUAAUAUGUCCUUGUGUUUCUGUUUCUUUCUAUUGUAUUUAUUGAUUGCUCAGGUUCUGAAACUGGUACGAUGGUCAGUGUAUAGAUGGGUAUUGGAAAUCAGUUUCUACCCUGCCUUGCUUACAAGACAUUGAAGGACAGAGAAAAAAACUCCAGCUGUGUGCAAAGGCAAAGUUACUUGUGAUUACAAGUAAAUUAUCAGGAGUCUAAGCCAAAGGGGAAAAACCAUAAAAAAAUUCUCUUCUGCUUUGGUGGUGCUUCCACUUGGGGCUACCCAGUCUGUUUUAUGCAAGGGGAAUGGGAGCUAACAAAAACAAUUUGUCUGUUGAAACUUGGAAAAAGGUUGCAGGAUUUGUUGGACUAUGGCAUUUCCUGCCUGUUUUGUGCUUGGGCCUUACUACCUCUCAGUAGAAUAAUUGAACUUCAGAUCUUCCUGUUUCUUGAAAGUAAACACAGAUUUUUCCUCCCCCUUGUCGUACAGGAGUUUGUGCUGUCAGAGGUGACGUCUCCAGCAGAGGAUGGUUUGAAGUUAAUCACACCUUGUAGGAGUGGGAAGUUGUUGAAGAUUUCUGUGGUGGACUUGCACAGAAACCACAAAAUUUCCUGCUCUAGGUGCUUUGUGGAUAAUGGCGAAGAUGGUGAGAACGACAUGUGCGUUUUGUUCAGAAGGGGAGGCUGGCUCUGUGAUGUAUAUCGCCACAGAGAGAAAUAUUGCAGCUCAUCAGGAUUGUCUGUUAUUUUCCUCAGGAUUUGUGGAAUCUGAAGAUCAUAACCCAGAAAAUCUGGAAAUAAGGUUUGAUGUGUCGUCAGUGUUGAAGGAGCUGAGGAGAGGAAAGCGGCUGGCGUGCAGCUUCUGCCGCAAGAAGGGGGCCACGGUGGGCUGCGAGGAGCGCACGUGCCGCAGGAGCUACCACUUCUUCUGCGCCCUCUGCGACGAUGCCGCCGUGGAGACCGACGAGGUCAACGGCGUCUACAGAGUGUUCUGCCCAAAACAUGACCCAGGGAAUCGGACCAAUCGCUAUGAUGCAGCUAAUAAGAAAAGAAGACGUACGUUGACAUCUCCCACCAUCACAGAAGAAAUGAGUACAGAAGAGACAGCAGAAGAAAACAGUUUACGAAUCCUAAAAAGAAAAAACGACAGGCAUAAAGUUCGGAUAGACUUCGUUAGGAAGUGCAAACAAGCUGGGCUUCUGGAUGAUAUAUUUGAAGAAAUGCUGGACACACUUCAUCUGGCUCAGGAAAAGCUGAUGGAUGACAACACUUCAGAAAGAGAGUAUGAAGAGACAGUGAUGGCACUGUUUGACUGUGGACUGUUUGAAAACAUACUGACAAAUAUUUAUUCAGGAACAGAAGAAAAAAUCCAGAAACUUCUGGAAAACAGAAAAAGACUGGAUCACAAGAUUGAGCUGCUGCAGGACUUAAAAGAAGUCAUCCUUUCUACUCCAGAGAACAGGGCCAGUACAUCCAGUACAGCAUCUGAAUAACUCCUCUCUGUGAUGGUGCAAUUGUUAGGAAUUUUAAUGAUAAAAACCAUAGACCAGUCCGGUCAGUGCUCAAUUCCCCAGCCCCAAGAUGAGGGCUGAAUGGGUGCAAGAAUGUGGUGUUAUACUCAUUUUUAUACCUCACUGUUGCAAUAAUUUAAAGUCCUUCAAGUUUUCAAAUUUUCCUGUUCAAAUUUUUCCCUGCUUCCACUAGAAAUUUCCACUUAUAUUGCACAAUGGAAUAUAAAUGACUGUUACUAACUAAAUUUAGCUUUUGCAAAAACUCAACAGAACCCUCCAGGGAAGACUUUUUUUCUCAAAGCCAGGGGAGUGUUGAGCUGCCACAGAACACUUGCUAAAUUCACUUAAACUGUGGGAGCCCUCUCCUGCCUGGGCAGUAGUGCCUCGCUGUCUGUGUCUAUUCAGUGAUGUUUGAAGGAUCAUAGUGCUGCUUUGGCUUUCCCAAAAAAAUAAAUGAGCAGGACCUGCACUCAAAGAAGCCUUCUGGAUUACAAACAGGAGUCUAAUUUAAAAAGCCAAAUUAUUCUUUAUUGACUGAUCAAGGUGCACUGUUUCUGCUAUACUGGCAGUGGUAAAGCAGUAUAGCAGAAAAGGGCAGGCAGACCAGAAAGGGUUGGGCAUUGCACUCAGAACAAGUACAGUGUCAAAUGGAGCAAAAUAGUGACUGACUCUUCCCUUCUCCAUUAAGAAAGGGUUCAACUUUUGUUUUGUCUUUAAAAUAUUGUUUGAAUACAGAAAAGCCACAAUAGGCUAAGUUAAUAAAAUAAAACAUUUUUUAAAGGAGCUGUGUGUGAAGUUGUGCUCCCCAUCCCUAAGCUGCUGCACAGGACACAGCCAAGAAGGGGGAAUGCUGUCAGGCCAUGCUCAUGCUGAGGGACAAGCAGAGCACUGGCAAACACCACUUGGUGUGACACAGGUGAGAUCCUGUCACAACAGCUGUACUCUCUCCAUGACCACUUGGAAUUCCUCACUUGAGCUUGCUCUGUAGGAAGGUGGGGAUUGAUAAGCACAGAAUAGCAGCAUUCAAAAUGAGCUCUUGAACAAUAUGGUAUGCUUGAUUCAACAAAUAAACAGUAAUUUUAAUUGC